UAUUAGCUGCUGUAGUGGUGACGUGUCUCUAAAAGUGAUUUCUUUUCAGAGCGGAACGGCGAGCCGGUGCCAUUCAGACUUGACUGAUCCAGCACACCGGGACCAUUAACACACUGGGAUCUACACAAAGGGCGCUAUGGGCAUAAAGUUUUUGGAAGUAAUAAAACCGUUCUGUGCGGUUUUACCUGAAAUUCAGAAGCCAGAAAGAAAGAUUCAGUUCAGGGAAAAGGUACUAUGGACUGCCAUCACGCUCUUCAUCUUCCUGGUCUGCUGCCAGAUCCCCCUGUUUGGGAUCAUGUCAUCGGACUCUGCCGAUCCGUUCUACUGGAUGAGAGUGAUUCUGGCAUCCAACAGAGGUACUCUGAUGGAGCUGGGCAUCUCUCCCAUCGUCACCUCUGGCCUCAUCAUGCAGCUGCUGGCUGGAGCCAAAAUCAUUGAGGUCGGGGACACCCCCAAGGACAGAGCACUUUUUAACGGGGCACAAAAAUUGUUCGGUAUGAUCAUCACCAUCGGCCAGGCCAUCGUGUACGUAAUGACUGGGAUGUACGGGGAUCCCUCGGAGAUGGGUGCUGGGAUCUGCUUGCUAAUCAUCAUUCAGCUGUUUGUGGCGGGCCUGAUUGUCCUGCUUCUGGAUGAGCUGCUGCAGAAGGGCUAUGGCCUGGGCUCUGGAAUCUCCCUUUUCAUCGCCACAAACAUCUGCGAGACCAUCGUCUGGAAGGCCUUCAGCCCCACUACUGUGAACACCGGCAGAGGAACGGAGUUUGAGGGAGCCAUCAUCGCCCUCUUCCACCUGCUGGCCACCCGCACAGACAAAGUACGCGCCCUGAGAGAGGCCUUCUACCGCCAGAACCUGCCCAACCUUAUGAACCUCAUCGCCACCGUUUUCGUCUUUGCCGUGGUCAUAUACUUCCAGGGCUUCAGAGUCGACCUGCCCAUCAAGUCUGCCAGAUACCGUGGCCAAUACAACACCUAUCCCAUUAAACUGUUCUAUACCUCCAACAUUCCCAUCAUCCUCCAGUCUGCCCUGGUGUCCAAUCUCUACGUCAUCUCCCAGAUGCUCUCCACGCGAUUCAGUGGAAACUUCCUGGUCAAUCUGCUGGGGACUUGGUCUGACACUUCCUCUGGAGGUCCAGCACGUGCCUACCCUGUCGGAGGCCUGUGCUACUAUCUCUCGCCGCCAGAAUCGUUUGGCUCGGUACUGGACGACCCGGUCCAUGCUGUCAUCUACAUCGUCUUCAUGCUGGGCUCCUGUGCUUUCUUCUCCAAGACUUGGAUUGAGGUUUCUGGGUCGUCUGCCAAAGACGUCGCUAAACAGCUGAAGGAGCAGCAGAUGGUGAUGAGAGGGCACAGGGAGACUUCCAUGGUGCACGAGCUCAACAGGUACAUCCCUACAGCUGCAGCCUUUGGUGGCCUGUGCAUCGGCGGGCUGUCCGUCAUGGCUGACUUCCUGGGUGCCAUAGGCUCUGGCACGGGAAUCCUGUUGGCCGUCACAAUCAUCUACCAGUACUUUGAGAUCUUUGUAAAGGAGCAGAGUGAAGUGGGGAGCAUGGGAGCCCUUCUCUUCUAAAUCCUUGCCCCCCCACACACGCCAGACAGACGCCACCACUUGUCUCUUGUAUUGUUUUUUUUAGUUUCUUAUUCACGCACAGUCAGUGUUCUUCUGCCUCCUGGAGGAAUCUUUUGAGAAUGUGUUUUUUUUUUUUUUUGUUUUUUUUCUAGAAGCCCUAUGGGCAGAUAUACAAACAUUCAAGUGGGUUCUCUCUGGGAAUGAGGGGCACCCUUGUGUCUAUCCUCCCUCCCCCAUUGCCUCGUCCUGUCCCAUUUACCCACACUCCUGCCCCCACAUUGGUUGUCAAUACUUGGCACCAUGUUCUCAUUAGAUCUUCUUGAAGUUUUAUUUUGCUUUGGAGAACAUGCCUAAAAGCACAAGUGGCCAGCUGGUUGACUGAGGCUGGGUCCUGGGUGGCAUUUUGGGCUGCAGCCGUCUACAGACUGGGUCUGAAGGUGCCGUUGGUCCUGUUCAUAUCAGAGCAGGCUUUUGUUUCAGUCAGCCUAUGCUUCCUAUGAACAAGAAAACUACUCAUGGUUUCAAAGCCUUGUUAUACUCACCCCCCCAAAAAAAUGUUUUUGGGAUGAUGGGUGGGCAAGUGGCCCUUGGCUCCCCGCUGUUGUCUGUCAGGGAAUACCUUUGCACCUAGGCAUUCUGGGGAGGUCUGUACCUGUGAGACACGGGUGAGAAUUCAGUCGUGGUUAUUUCUGGUUGUUUUUAAUGGGUGAGGAGAGUGGUGCCAGAGCCGUUUCAUGUUGAAAAUGAAACUGCCUGUUUGAAUUGCAUCCACUUUUUUCUUUUUUUAAAAGAACGGCGAUUAUAAAGGAAACAAAGUACAGAUACCCCAUGAAUCUCUGUCCUGCUUCUUUUAGUUUUUCCAUUUUCCUAAUGUAUUCACACAGGUCUUAUCAAGAGUACACAGGGUGUCUUUUAUUUCAGUCCAGGUAAAGGGAAGUGUUUUGUUGGUCACUAGGUCCUUUGUCUCUGAUGUAAUUGGCCUUGUGCAGCAACAUAUUCUGCCUGGCAGAUGCUGGAGGGUGCGUGGGUCAGGUUGGGGAGGGGUUGUUUUUAUUUUUAUUUCAUGCAUUGGAUAUAACUGUAUUAAAGAAUGGAAAAAAACAAGCGAUUUUUCUGACAUCAUGGAUUUUUUUUGUUUUUUCUGUAUAUAUCCAUUGUACCCAUUAUUCCUCCACAGUGUAAAAUAAUUUUCGAAUGUGUAAAGAUAAGGAAAAACCUGCUUUGAACAAAUGCAAUCUGUUUAGAAAAGGCCAUGGUCAAUAAAAGCUACUUUGGGGAAAAAAUGCA